AUGAAGACUUCCGUGUUUCUCUCCCUCUCGGCGCUGAGCGCCGUUGCCGUCUCCCAGGCGACUCUCUACGGCCAGUGUGGCGGGCAAGGCUGGACCGGCCCUACCACCUGCGUCUCCGGCGCCCGUUGCGUCUCCUACAACGACUGGUACAGCCAGUGCGUCACCGGCGCCGACGAGGAUGUACCCGUGGAGGAGGCGGAGGAGCCUCCCGUGAGUGGCAACGACGACGACGACGACGACAACAACAACAGCGGGGGUGACUGUGAUGUUGGCGCGACGCCCUCGGCGCCCCAGAUCUCCACCGUUGAGCCCACCGCCGUCCCCUCUUCGACCCCCGUCGUCGAUGCCCCCGCCACCACCUCCGCGGCCGAGACCGAGCCCGUCGUCUCCGAGACCGCUGCCGCCACCGCGACUUCGUCUGCCGCCGAGGAGGAGGACCCCGUCCCCACCUCCGCGCCGGCCACCACCCUCGUCACCGCCACACAGGGCCCCACGACCGUCAUCGCCGUUCCCUCCGGCGUGACCAAGACCCUGCCGCAGUCCUCAGGCGCCGUCGCCACGGACGAGCCCAUUGCCGUCACUGGCGACUUCGACGGUGGCAUGAAGCUCUACGACCGAUCCCCCGCGGUUUGCAAGGACCAGUCCGAGACCGGCGAGAAGGACGCCAUGUUCGUUCUUGAGGACGGCGCUACCCUCUCCAACGUCAUCAUCGGCCCCGGCCAGGCCGAGGGCGUCCACUGCAAGGGCACCUGCACCCUGAUCAACGUCUGGCACUCGGACGUCUGCGAGGACGCCAUCACCCUCAAGCAGGACUCGGGCAGCUCGACCAUCAUCGGCGGCGGCGCCUUCAAGGCCUCGGACAAGGUCGUCCAGUUCAACGGCCGCGGCACCGUCACGAUCCGCGACUUCUACGUCGAGGACUACGGCAAGCUCGUGCGCAACUGCGGCAACUGCAAGCAGAACGGCGGGCCCCGCAACGUCGUCAUCGAGAACGUCGUCGCCGUCGACGGCGGCGUGCUGUGCGGCAUCAACACCAACUACGGCGACACGUGCACCAUCAAGGACACGUGCCAGAACGCCGGCAAGUCCUGCGACCGCUACGAGGGCAACGACUCGGGCGCCGAGCCGAAGAAGAUCGGCUCCGGCCCCGACGCCGAGUUCUGCUCCGUCUCGGGCCUGUCCGAGACCUGCUAG